GCUGCUGCGGUUGCGAACGCAAGGGCACAAGGCUGGUUGGUUGCCUUUAUUCAUCGGAAGUUAUAAAAACGAAAAACGACAGCUGCGUAUCUUUCAUCUUCGGCAAUACAAAUAACAACAACACCACAGUAGAGACCAAAAUAACCGCACGCAGACGCAUACAUACAUAUACAAGAAUUCCUACAUACAUAUGCAUGUCCUCAAGCCAUUGCCAUACGCAUGCAGGCUAACUUUACGAUACGGGAUUACGCGUGCUAUUAUCGGUAGUUCAUUUGUUCGGUCGCUCUCUCUCGCUCUCGCUCUUUUCUCAAUAAUAAAGAGUGUGCAAAAACUAAUCGAUUAACGAUAUACCUCUAGCUUACAUGCCGAUAACAAAACAUAGGUGUUAACAACAUAACAGCCGCUGUUCAAUGUAGCCAAGGAUAAACAGCUAUACAGUGGCAUCGAUUUAUAUGGUGAUUUAAAAGUGAUAAAAAUUAUGAAAAAAAAUAAGAAAUUAAGUGAUCUCAUUUAGAAAAAGUGAUUAAAUAAUCAGGAAAAAUAUAAAGAAUGUAAAGAUAAAAUAUAAAAAAUAACCUAAAAUAUUUAAUGUUAGUUAACCAAAAUCUGAAUAAGUUUAUACAAAUAAAAAAUACUAAUAAAUUGUACACCAAAUCCAAUCUCAAAAGCAAAACAAACUAACAACGGUUUUUCAUUGGCUCUUAUAAAAUAAUUUAAAGAAUAAAUUAAACAUGAUCAUUAACAGAAGUGGUUAAAAAAAAUUAAAUAAAAGAGGUUUCAGAGUUCUUACAACGAAAAAAAUUAAAAUUAACAGGAAUUAAUGAAAAAAUAUAAAUAAAACAGUUUUUACAUUAAACAAAAAUUCACAAUAAAAAUAAUUCAUGCCAUAACCAUUAAAAGUCUACAAAAAACAAAACAAAUUCCAUUUAAAAAAUAAAAAAAUCCUUCAACACACUUUAAGUUCUUAGCCUCAUAAAAGUAAAUUGUAAUCUAAACAAAAAUACCAGUGAAUGCGCAACCCCUCUACCUUAGUUUCCCAACAACUAUGAAAAUUCUUUUAAAAAUUCCAAAAAGUCAACUCAAUUAAGAAAGUGUGCUAUAAAAUCUUUUAAAAGGUCCUUAUCCUUAAAGAAAAGUGCAUUAAAAUUAAAAACAAAUACCCACCAAAAGCAUAUUUUACAACACUACCCAAGGAAUACACCUCCCACAAUUGUUUUCUACCCUCACCUCCCCUUAACACCAUCAUGACAUUUCUUGCAACUUACCGCUGUAACCUGCUACUGAUGGUCUAUCUUUUGAUAGCCAUGCGUCCAUCCAAAUAUCUUCUAGCAGCUUGGCCCCAUGAUAGCCACAACAGUCAUCAGUUACAUCAUGGCCAUCAUUUGGGUCACAACAAUGCCAGAAACAUUAGUUUUAUGGAUACUGCGUCGUCGUCAUCGUCGCAGUCCUCCUCCUCAUUGCCAUCAUUAUCGUCAUCGUCUUCCUUGUCUGGCUCUGGCAUUACCUCAACCAAAUCAGCAGGUGUCCAUCAUAGCGAUUGGCGUCGCAUGGAAAUGAUGGAUGCUAACGGCCUUUAUAUGCUGGAAUGGUGGACAAAAGCCAAGGAUAUAUAUUUUCGCGUUACAGUCAAUACCCAAGGUUUUAUUGGUUUGGGGUUUUCACGUAAAUCGGGACGUAUGGCAGGAUCGGAUAUGGUAUUGCUAUGGGUAGAUGAUCGCUCAGGCAAGGCCAAUGCAUUGGAUUGCCAUGGCUCUUUUACUGAGCACAAUGCUGCCCCCAUACAAGAUGAUACCCAAAAUUACAUUGUUUUGGAUGGCUUUCAAAAUGGCACACAUACGCAAGUGGAAUUUUAUCGUCCAAUUGAGACGUGUGAUCCUUAUGAUAUACCAUUGGGGACUGACACCAUCAAAGUAUUGUGGGCUUUUGGAGAUACGGAUCCCAUACAUGGCAACUUAAAGGGUCAUGGCAAAAAUCGAGGUUUUAAACCACUACAUCUAUUGGGCCCAAUGUUUCGUAAAAGUCAUGUCACAUCAUCCACGACAAGACGUCAACCUGACAUACAAAAAUGGGAUGUUACCGUUCAAAAUGUUACCAUAGAGUCCAGCAUGGACACUUUGUAUUGGUGUAAAAUCAUAAGAGCGCCUACAUUGGGAGAAAAACAUCACAUCAUUGGCUAUGAAGCACUGCUGACUAGAGAGAGUGUCUCCUCGCAACCUUUGGUACACCACAUGACAUUGUUCGAGUGCUCUACUAAAUCAUAUCCUGGCUCCGACCCCGCUUCAUGGGAUGUAUGGGUAAAAAGCAGUGGAGCUGUGUGUAACAGUAAUUUAUUGACCCCACGUGAUUGGGAUGCCUGUAUUACACCCGUUGCCGUAUGGUCAAUUGGAUCUACAGGUCAAUUCUUGCCACCCCAUGUUGGCAUACCGGUGGGAGGUAAAACGGGUGCCAAGUACUACAUGCUUGAAAUACACUAUGAUAAUCCUCAUGCCUUGCAAGCCUCUGACCAUUCGGGUUUUCGUAUUCACUACAGCAAACACUUGAGAAAACACGAUGCUGGCGUUAUGAUAUCUGGUGUCUCGGUUUCUGAUACCCAAUUAAUACCACCAGGCCAAAAGCUGUAUCGUAAUGUUGGCAUUUGCGGUCCUUCCUGCUCGAAUGUGAUGUUCCCUGAAGAUGGUAUCAAAAUUAUUUCCGGUACUCUGCAUUCGCAUCGUGCUGGCCGCAAAAUGACUUUGAGACAUGUACGCGAUGGCAAGGAAAUGCCAAGGAUUAUUGAGGAUGAUAAUUAUGAUUAUAACUAUCAGCAAGUCAGGCAAUUGGAAAAUGAAACUGUCGUAUUGCCGGGUGACUAUAUUAUUACCGAUUGUGCUUAUGAGACCUCAUCCAGGAAACGUCCCACCUUCGGUGGCUAUUCUACAAAACAAGAAAUGUGUCUCUCAUUUAUCACCUAUUAUCCACGCAUAGAUCUGGCCGGUUGUUACAGCAUGACUCCAGUGCGAGAAUUCUUCGAAACUUUUGGUGUCUAUCAAUUCUAUUCGCUGAAUAUGACCGAUGUGGAGAAUUUAUUUUUAUACAAUGGCAAUGUUUUGGAUUAUAUACCCAAUACAAUCUAUGCUAAGACUAAACCGAAUCGUGCUAAUAUGACCGAAGAGGAUAUACUCUACGAGGAAUCAUUGCUGAACAAAUUGAUUAUUUCUGAUCCGGUGGAGUUUCACGAUCGAACCUUUCUGUCGCAUCUCAAUCAAUUGCCUUGGUCGGAACCGCUAUUUACGAAACGUGUCGAACAGAGCAUGAUCAAUGGCAAACAUAUGACAUUCUGUAGAGUGUCCAAUGAUGCCAUAUCGAUUCCCUCGGAAAUUAUACGUUAUCCCAACUUUACCACAUUUGUCAAGCCUCCCAGUCUUUGUCCCUACCAAAUGUUAAUGGAUAGUGCUCCGCUAAGUUCGAAUUCACCUAAGUUAAAUUACAAAUCAACCCACUCAUACCCUAUACUAUUCAGCAGUUUAUUUAUUACAUAUUAUUUAAGAUUUUUACAAUAGUAUUUGCCAGUUUUUUUUUUGUAAAGCAUAAUCCAUCCAUCUAUCCUUUGUAAAUAGAACCAAUGUCCCCUUUAGUUUAACUUAAAUAUGUAAAACUUUCAAAAUAAGAUAAUACGCUGGAUAUAUACUAGCCACUAUCGAACUUUCGUUAGUAUAAAAUGUCAGGAACAACACAUAUUUAUAGAUGCCCACUCA